CUAUAGCGGUGCGAUGUGGGCGGGACUUACGGCGAUCUGUGUCUCGAGGAAGCAGAUCAGAAAAACUGUUCAGUAGUUACGGGGGAAAGCGGGCGGAGGAUUUAGGAUGAACCGAAUCCGGAUCCACGUGUUGCCGUCCAGCAGGGGCCGGGUCACUCCUGCUUCCCGCACCCAGGAACAGCAGACCUGCUCGUUCACUCAGCGGCCCUGCUCACAGCCCCGGAUCGAGGGACUGGAGUUCUGCAUUAAGCAUGUCCUGGAGGACAAGAAUGCCCCCUACAGGCAGUGCAGCUAUGUCUCCAACAAGAAUGGCAAGCGAUGCCCCAAUGCGGCUCCAAAGCCAGAGAAAAAAGAUGGAGUUACGUUCUGCGCCGAACACGCACACAGGAACGCUUUGGCCCUGCAGGCUCAGAUGAGGAAGGCGUGCUCUGGCCCUUCUCCCGAGCUCCUGCUGUCCCAGCUGAGUGGCUACAGCCGGCCCGAGUCGGGGGCCCAGAGCCAGGACGGCGGUCGCAGCGAGGCCAGCCGCGUGCUAGAUGAGGAUAGCUGGAGCGAGGAGGAUCAGGAUCCGGUGGUCCUGGACCAGACGUGGAGGGGAGACCCUGACAGCGAGGCCGACAGCAUCGAUAGUGAUCACGAGGACCCUCUGAAGCAUGCAGGUGUUUACACGGCAGAGGAGGUCGCCCUGAUCACACGUGAGAAGCUCAUCCGCCUGCAGUCGCUCUACAUCGAGCAGUUUAAACGCCUGCAGUACCUGCUGAAGGAGAAGAGGAGGCGCUAUCUCCACAGCCGCAAGGUGGAGCACGAGACCAUAGGGAGCAGCCUGCUGACGGGGCCCGAGGGCCUCUCCAUAAAGGAGCGCGACAACCUGAAGAAGCUCAAGGCCCUGCGCAGGUAUCGCAGGCGCUACGGGGUCGAGGCCCUGCUGCACCGGCAGCUCCGCGAGCGCAGGCUGGUGGCCACUGAGGGAGUCUCCAUGCAGGUUCAUGCUGCUCGCUCCAGUCAGCGCUGCAUUUCCUUCGUGGAUGGCGCGCGCUGCCCAAACCAGUGCCUGCCCAUGACUCGCCACUGCGUCUCCCACAUCUACCAGGACAGCCACCAGGUGCUCUUCAAGAUGUGUCCGGGACUUAAAGACGUGCCGUGCACCCGGCCCGUGCACAUGGGCCAGUCCGAGGAGCCACGCUGCCCCCUGCACCUCUCCCUGCCGCCCCCCCUGUACCAGCCUGAGCCGGAGCCCCUGGUGCCCGAGCAGCUGGCCCCCGCCCCCUUGGACAUGUACCUGAGCGUUGCUGAACUGCAGCCCACCGAGAACCUGCCCCUGGAGUUCAGUGAUGACCUGGACGUGGUCGGGGACAGUAUGCAAUGCCCCCCGUCUCCCCUGCUGUUUGACACCGCCCUCGCUCUGGAGGACCAGACCAUCCGCGAGAUCGCCGAGGCGCCCAUGGACAUUCUGACGGGUGAGGAGCAGCCUGAGCUGGAGCUCUCAGAGAGAGACGGGGAGAGCCCUACGGCGCAGGAUGUUUGCGAGCUCCCUGAAGAGGGCAUCGUGCUGGGGGUCCCGUCGGAUGAGGUCAAAGGGCCGGCGGACGCCACCUGACCGGAUGCUGCCACCGCCCACGCCACCACCGCCACCUCGAGCUGCGCCAGAGAUCGGCGUUAGUGUUCGGGAACACACGAGCCUGUUUGCUGGAUGAAAGCCAAUCCCCUCUGAACUCUGGCUUCCAUUAAGCUUAACGAACUUGCAGGAUUACUCAUCAUUUUAAUCUGUCCAUCUCGCAGCAACACCGAAUGUGUUUUGCUGUUCAGUCGCAUUUCCUGCAGACAUUUCUGAAAUUCACUUGGCCACUUGUCAAAUAAAUUGGCUUUCGGAAUUAGACACAGACCCGCUUGAAGCCUUCAGAGCUCCUCCCAGCUCCCGUCCCGAGUCGAAGCCCGUAAGCCGUCUCUCACACUGACGACAAUAAACUCUUGGUUACUACCUGC